UCAAAGUGCUUUUGUGCCGAGUUGCUCUAUUGUUGAUAAUGUUUUGCUAGCUUAUGAGGUUGUUCACUUCUUGCAUUGUAGUGGUUCAAAUUCCCCUGAUAAAUAUGUUGCCCUCAAGCUUGAUAUGAGUAAAGCUUUUGAUAGAGUUGAAUGGGGUUUUGUUGAGUCUAUCAUGUGCCGUAUGGGUUUUCUGCUCCUUGGGUCAAAAUUAUGCACUCUUGUAUCACUACUGUUGAUUAUCAUGUUCUUUUCGAAGGGGAAGCUUGGGGUCCUGUCAUCCCUACAAGAGGUCUACGUCAGGGUGAUCCUCUAUCACCCUAUUUGUUCCUUCUUGUUAUUGAGGGCUUGAGUAGUAUGCUUCGGGUGCAGGAGGAGAGUGGUAGUUUGACGGGGUUCGUAUUGCUCGUCAUGCCCCAAGAGUUAGUCACCUCUGUUUUGCUGAUGACAUUAUCAUUUUCUUUAGAGCUACCUAUAGGGAGGCGGGUACUGUUAAUGAUGUUUUGCGUCUCUUUAGUGCUGCUACUGGUCAAAUUGUAAACUUUGAUAAAUCUGUUAUGAGCUUUGGCGCUAAUGUGGAUUGGGUAGAUAAGGACAUUCUUUGUGCUGAGAUGGGUGUUCGUCAAACUGGUUUGGGAGGAUCUUACUUGGGCUUACCUGGUUUAAUUGGGCGUAGAAAGAGGGAUGUUUUGGGCUGGAUAAAGGAUAAAAUCAAAGCUAGGAUUGGUCAUUGGGGAAAUCGUUUUAUGUCAAGGGCUGGCCGGGAAGUACUUCUAAAAACUGUGUUGCAAUCAAUUCCAAAUUAUGCAAUGCAGGUUUUUAUGUUGCCAAAGGGUCUUUGUGAGGAAUUGGAGCGUCUUAUGAACUCGCGAGGGAGGGUAGGAAGGGUAUUCGUUGGAAAGGGUGGGCUGACCUUUGUAAACCAAAAUCUAUGGGUGGUAUGGGUUUCCGGCGGUUGCACAAUAUGAAUGUAGCCCUUCUUGGGAAGCAGGGGUGGAGUUUUUUGUCUAGGCCUGAGGCUCUUGUUACACGUGUGUUUAAAGCAAAAUAUUUCCCAUCCACCUCUUUUCUAGAGGCUAAGCUAGGUAGUCGCCCUUCCUAUGUGUGGCAGUGUGUGGGAGGCUACAAAUAGUCUAAGGGAUGGGUUCCGUUGGAGACUAGGGACUGGUGAUACCAUUCUUGGUUACCUGAUGCAAUUUUUCCUUUUAUUGAAACCCCAAAUUACAAUUGUCUCCAACAUAUCACCCCCUUAUCUCUUAUGAACAUGGACCAAACCUCUUGGGAUGUAGAUAUUUUGAAUGAUGUUUUUGGUGAGCGUGAUAAAAAGUUAAUUCUUAGCCUUCCAAUCCCUCUCACUAAACGGCCCGACUGUCUCUUUUGGACUGGAGAGAUGAAUUGGUUAUAUUCUGUAAGAAGUGCAUACAGAUUUUUAAUGGGAGAGUGUUCAGUGGCUCGUUGGAGUGGUUGGACUGUUAUGUGGAAUUUUUUACUUCCUCCAAAGAUCAAAUGUUUCUUUUGGAACCUGUGUUCAUUUACAUUGCCUACCCAAGAUCUGUUGCAAACUCGUUGCGUCCCAUGUGAUGGUUUUUGUGCUUUAUGUGGCAGGGGGAGGGAGACUGCUAUCCAUGUUUUUGCAGAUUGUCCUUUUGCGACUCAGGUUUGGCUUGCGUAUGGAAUGGUUUGGGGCUGUUCGUCGAGUGUGGAUUUAUUAGCUUGGUUGAAGAUCAUAUUGGCAUGGGUUGGGUUCUUAGAGAUCAUGAUGGUUUUUUUGUAGCUGCUCAGGCUAUAACAACUCCAGGUCCCAUUCUCCCCCGGGAAGCUGAAGCUCUUGCGGUUCGUGAGGCUUUAAGUCGGCUUAAGAAUAAUCAUUUGGACAAUAUUAUUGUAGAAACAGAUGCUGUGGUUUUGGUUCGAAAUCUGCAUAAACCAAGUUUAUCACCUUUUGGGUUGCUUAUGGAUGAUAUUACUGUUUUACUUUCGGCUUUUCAGAAUGUUAAGUUGUGUCAUGUUCGUAGAGAUGCCAAUGUUGUGGCUCAUCUUCUAGUUUGCUAUGCUUUUUCUCAUUGUACAAGUGUGACUUGGGUAGAUUCCGGUCCACUUUUUAUCUCUUCUGUUGUAUUGCAUGACUUGAGUAUUAAUUGAAAGUUUUUUCUAC